AUGGUGAAGACACAAUUUAAGAGAACAGUUAAAGUGGUUAGAAGUGACAAUGGGCAGGAGUUUGUGGGGACUGAGUGUCAAGGAAUUUUUUCAGAGGAAGGAAUCUUACAUCAAAGGACAUGUGUAUACACACCUCAGCAAAAUGGGGUGGUAGAGAGGAAGCAUAAACAGAUCUUAGAAAUUGCAAGAAGCUGUCUAUUUCAGUCAGGACUGCCACUGAAGUUCUGGACAUAUGGAAUACUCACAGCAGCCUACAUUAUCAACAGACUGCCAAGCUCUUCUUUGAACUGGGACACACCAUAUGAAAGGGUAUAUAACAAGACUGCAGAUUAUCAUAGACUCAAGCCAUUUGGAUGUUUGGUGUAUGCAGUUAAUACCUUACCAAGCAGAAGCAAAUUGGAUCCCAGAUCCCACAAGUGUGUUUUCAUUGGGUAUGUGGCAGGAUGUAAGGGUUAUCACUUGUAUGAUUUAGAGAACAACAAGGUCAUUAUAUCCAGAGAUGUAGUUUUCUUCACAGACACUUAUCCCUACAAAAAUGAAGCAGUAAAGGAAACUGAAAUCACCACAACAUUGCCUGUGAUACAUGAAGACCUCUCAUACACUAAAGCACCUGCUCAGAAUGGAGAAGAUCAAGAGGUCACAGAUGAAAGAGUGAUGGUGGAAGAUAUUGGAAAAAGGAAAAGGAAUAAACCUGCCUGGAUGAAGGACUACAUCUGUGAUAUUGGGGAAACAGGUUCAAUGAGUUCUCAAAAUGAGGAGUUUUUUGCUAAUUUAGCUGCAGAUCAGGAGCCUUUCAGUUAUCAUCAAGCAAAAACUGAUAAGAAAUGGGUGGAGGCAAUGAAUAAUGAACUGAAGGCUUUAGAAUUAAAUGGGACAUGGAAGCUGUGCUAUUUACCCACUGGAAAAAAGGCCAUUGGGUCAAAAUGGGUGUUUAAGGUCAAGAGAAAAGCAAAUGGAGAGGUAGACAGAUACAAGGCAAGAUUAGUUGCCAAAGGUUACAGUCAGACAGAAGGUGUAGAUUACUUUGAGGUUUUCUCACCUGUUGCAAAGAUGGUGACAGUAAGAGCAUUCAUAGCCAUGGUGGCAAUGAGAGGAUGGAAGUUAUGGCAGCUAGAUGUGAAUAAUGCUUUUCUACAUGGCUAUUUGUCAGAGGAGGUAUACAUGAAACCACCACAGGGAUACACUAAGGCAAAGGAAGGACAAGUCUGCCACUUAGUGAAGAGUUUGUAUGGGUUAAAGCAGGCAUCAAGGGAGUGGAACACUGAGCUUACUAAGAAAGUCUUGGAAUUUGGUUUGGUUCAGUCUUCAUAUGACAAUUGUUUGUUCACUCAGAGAGGGGCAGAAGGAUACUUAGCAAUGCUGGUUUAUGUGGAUGAUGUAUUAUUCACUGCUUCUAAUAUUCAGUUGCUAGAAGGUUUGAAGAGGUUUCUUGACAAGGAAAUUCACCAUUAA